ACUAGACAACAGGUGAGCUGUGAGACCAGACGAUCUGGAAAGCUCCGCUCUUACUCGUCCGUGGACUUGUUUUUGGUUUCACUGAACUAAACGCAAAUAUGAGAACGACAUCGUUGCUCCUCGCGCUACUUCUGGUCGGGGCCGCGCUUUCAGCCCCUGCGUCGUCGAGGCAGGCAGCGCUCAUUAACGCCUUCAGCGACCGAAAGACAGUGGAGUCCAUCGUCGACUGUUUCCUCGGCAAGAAGAAGUGUUCCCCUGAGGAGGAGAAGAUGAGAGUGCGUGCUCUCGCCACCAUGAGGAACUUCGGCACAUGUCCCUCCAACAUGUGCAGUCCCGAAGAGGCCGCUGAAAUGAGCACUGCCAUGGGGCUCCUGGCUGAGAAGUACCCCGACCUGUGGGCCAAGUUGAUCGCAGCUAUGUUCGGCAUCGACCUUGGGAGAAAAUAGUUGUAAUGUAGAGAUGUAGUAGCUUUAGUUGUAUGUUAUCGUGUUUUUUUAUAUUAAAAUUAUUUUGAAAUUUGU